GUCUGACAAAUAAGAACAGGUACAGCAAAGCGAUGACCGUCUGCCGCAGGCCACGACUGAGAGAGGCACUGGACGACGGAGGCUGAGGACAACAGGACUGAACAGCAGCCGACCAGACCGCAGCAAUGCCGAAAUCUGUCAAUCCUCUCACCGCUCGGCGAAAGUCGUCGCAGUCGCCAUUUUCGUCGGCCCAGCGCGUCAAACCUGGAGCGCGAAAGACGGAAAAGGAGGAGCGCUUGGAAGACAGCGGUUUGGUCCGAUCGCUCGCGCCACGCAAAGUUCAACAAGAUAUCGUCUCGCUCAUACGGUACAUUCAAUCGCACACCUUCGAGGACAUCCCUGACCGGGCUGCCGGAAUGAACAGCGAACGCAUAUCCGAGGUUCUGCGGUUCCGCAAAAGACUGCCUCCGAUUGUCAGUGUGGUCCACUUGCUUGCUUUGAGCAGAUCGCCAACGGAGACCGAGCGAGAGCUGGCAAGGGAGACUGCGAAAGGUAGCAUUCGAAAGGUGACGAUACCCGGAAGAGGCAAAGGCGGAAGCGCGGUCGGUGAAGGGGUUGUCUUGAGCGAGGACUGGAAGAGGAGAGUGCAAGAAGACGAAGGCUUGGACGAAUCAUUGCGGGACCGGUAUAUAUCCUUGAUGGACAGGAACCCGACAUCGUCCACUGUAGCCGUUUCCAUCUUCUCUAGCGAGGAAAUCCGCGAUCUAAUGACAGCGGGAUAUCUGACCAUUCCCUCCCUACCAUCCGACACAAACGUAUAUAACACGGUUCCGGGUGCAAGCUCCAUCUCGAAAGCAGGUUUCUCGGCUCCGUCUGGCUCUCUGGCAGCAGUUGGAGGCCAUGGCGCGAUCAACGACAGUGGCGGCGGUGGUAGCGCGCUUGCUGCGAAGGACAUCCGCCGAAUGGAGUCAUUCAGGGACAUGAUGAACUUCAGUCUUCCUUCCACUGGGCUCUACCUCAGACUCCUCACCGAGGCAAGACUCCAUAUCGUCUUCCUACUCAAGCAACUAUCUCCUCGACAUAGGGAAGCCACGCUAGACAUUCUUCGAGAAAAGUGGGAUGGGAACGUAUCUGGAGAUGCCCUCAGCGCACAAAAGAGAAUGCGUGGGGAGUGGGCGGGUGUUCUACCCGGAAGGACAAAACGCUGGCGAGAUUUCCAUGGUCUGGAGUUCGACUGGAUCCUGGCCGAGUGUGUAGGAAGCGGGUUGAUGGAGCUAUUCGACACCGGCGCUGUGGGUGUGGCCGUUCGUGGAACGUGA